GUCUAUUCAAGAAGGGGACGAGUUCAAUCCUAGUUUCUGGAUUAUGUCAUAAUGCCCAUAUAUAUAUAUAUAUGAAUGAUCUUUCUGGCCAACUAAGAUCGAUCAGACAUGGAAAUGGAAUCAUCUUGUGUGCCUCCAGGCUUCCGAUUCCACCCAACUGAGGAAGAACUCGUCGGCUACUAUCUCAAGAGGAAGAUCAGCUCGCUCAACAUCGAUCUUGAUGUGAUCGUCGACAUCGAUCUCUACAAAAUGGAGCCAUGGGACAUUCAAGACAGAUGCAAAUUGGGAUAUGAAGAGCAGAAUGAAUGGUACUUCUUCAGUCACAAGGACAGGAAGUAUCCGACUGGCACCAGAACCAACAGGGCCACCACGGCUGGAUUCUGGAAGGCCACAGGAAGAGACAAGGCUGUGGUUUCCAAAGAUGGGGUCAUAGGGAUGAGGAAAACCUUGGUUUUCUACAGAGGUCGAGCCCCUAAUGGAAGGAAAACCGAUUGGAUCAUGCAUGAGUAUCGGCUCCAGACAUCCGAACUUGGACCCCCUCAGGAAGAAGGGUGGGUGGUUUGCCGCGCAUUCAAGAAGCCGAAUCCAAGUCACAAGCAGGGCUAUGAAGGCUGGAAUAAUCAUUACUACAACAUGAUCAGAAACAGCAGCAAUUACAGGCCACCAUCAUACUUCAAUAUUGCAGCGUCGUCUAGUUUGAAUUCAGCAGGAACAAGUUUCAAUCACCAUUCAAUGCCACCACAAGGAACUCUCAAGUUCAGGUCUACCAACACCUCUUUCGAAACUCAAAUGUCUGAUCUUCCGAAGCUUGACAGCCCCUCCAAUAUUUCUACAAGUUUUGCCACAAAUGCUGCCAAAUUCGACCAGACCACAGCAGCCAUUGAUGGCAUUGAAGAUGAGAAAUUGAGCACCUUGGGGAACCAUCAAUUCAGUGAUUGGAAAUGCUAUGGUGAUGAUGAUAAGUUAAUCGGGUCUCAAGUUGCUGGGAAUUCAUCGUAUGCUUACACAAACUUUCCCUUAGUCUCCAACAAUGGCGAGGGUUUAGAUGCUGAUCAAAACCAUUUAAGUCAUGUACUUGACGACUGCUUUCCUGACUUGUAGAAGGAUAGAACUGAUCAACGCAUGCACAUCGAUCGAUUCCGCAUAGAAAUUUUUUAUGGGAGCAGUGUAACAAUAAUUGACUUUUAUCCACUGUAAAAACCCAUCAAUUAAAGGGGUUUCGAAAUUAAGUUCCCUUAGAGCAUAUAUAUGCUGCCCCAACUUGGGGACAUACACACAGAAACAUACAUACAUAGGAUGAUGAAUUGAUGAUUUUAAUUCUUUAUUGGUGU